GUAAUAUUGAAAAUAAAAUAAUUAAUGAUAAUUAUAAUUUAUGCACAUGCACUUCUCUGUCAAAUUUUGUGGGUGGGAAAAUGCUUUUGACUGAAAAGCAAUUUUAAUGGAUUCCAAAACGAUUAAUGGAUUUAAGCGGAGCUUCAAUAAUCAAAGCCCAUGGACGGAUUUAAGCGCAUAAAAUGGGCCAAGAACUGUUGACAGGGUGGUUUGGUUUGGUGUUCAAAAAAGAACAAGCUGCUAUGCAGGAGUCGCAGGGGAAGCAGUGUGCACGGGUUUACGAAAACCAAAACUUCCCUUGCAGCCAUCGAUUAGUUUCAAGGUGAUGGAGUGAUGAGGAAGUCUUAUUCUUUUAGUGCAUCCAUUUCAACGGGGAUCACUGCAUAUUCAGACAAAGAUUCUUAUUUCUUAUGAUGGGUUUCUCUCAUAGAUAUGAAGACGUGUGCCAUCUCUUCCUUGAGCCCUUGUUUGAAACUAACUUAUUAUCAUUGCAAAGUGGGUAUUACUCCAAGUUGUUUGAAAUUCUCUUCGUUUAGAAGAUUUAUGAGCCAAAGGUUAUCUGCCUCAGGCUCAACAAACACUAGACCUUUCCCAGAUUAUUCCCCAAAGAAACCUACCAUCAGAGAUGUUGAACUUGUCCAUCAAAUUUCUACUGCUGUAAAGUUGCGCCGCUUCGAGCCUCUUCGACGCAUUUUAAAGCCAUAUGAAUCCAAGUUCAGACCUGACCAUGUUAUUUGGGUUCUUAUGAACAUUAGGAGUGAUUAUAAGUUGGUUUUGGAUUUCUUUGAUUGGGCAUGCCUGCGCAGAGACCCAAACCUAGAAGCCCGUUGCAUUGUUAUUCAAAUCGCUGUAGCUUCAAAAGAUCUGAAAACAGCUCAUUGUCUCAUUCAUGACUUCUGGGCAAAACCCAAUUUGGAUGUUACUCUUUCAUUCACCCAUUUUGUUGAGCAUUUAAUUUAUACUUACAAGGACUGGGGUUCAGAUCCCCAUGUGUUUAAUGUUUUCUUCCAAGUCCUUAUUGAAGCUGGAUUACUAAAUGAGGCAAGAAAACUUUUUGAAAAAAUGUUGAAUUAUGGGUUGGUUAUCUCCGUUGAUUCAUGUAACCUAUACCUCACUCGUCUUUCAAAUAGUUAUGAUGGGCUUGGAGUGGCAAUCAGGAUCUUUGGCGAAUUUCCUGAGGUGGGUGUUUGUUGGAAUACCACUUCUUACAAUAUUAUCAUUCAUUGUCUUUGCCGAUUAGGGAAAAUAAAAGAAGCACACAUUUUACUCUUGCAUAUGGAGUUGAGAGGCUGCCUUCCUGAUGUCAUAAGUUAUAGUACUAUAAUCAAUGGAUACUGUCAUCUUGGUGAACUACAAAAGGUAUUGAAACUCACAGAAGAAAUGCAAAUAAAAGGGUUGAAGCCAAACAAAUAUACCUUCAGUAGCAUAAUUCUUCUUCUAUGUAGAUCUGGUAAAUUAGUGGAAGCAGAAAGCGUGUUGAGAGAGAUGAUGAACCGGGGAAUAGUUCCUGAUAAUGUGAUUUAUACUACUCUCAUUGAUGGCUUCUGUAAGUUAGGGAAUGUUGCAGCUGCCUUAAAGGUGCUUGAUGAAAUGCAGCGACUUAAAAUUAUUCCUGAUUUAUUAGCAUAUACUGCUAUUAUCUGUGGGUUUUGUCAAAUUGGAAAGAUGAUGGAAGCAGAAAAACUCUUCCAUGAAUUGCUUGGCAGAGGGUUGGAACCUGAUAAAGUUACAUAUACAGCACUUAUUGAUGGUUAUUGCAAGGCAGGUGAGAUCAAAAAGGCAUUUUCUUUACACAACCAUAUGAUUCAGGUGGGGCUUACCCCAAAUAUUGUCACAUACACCACUCUUGUUGAUGGCCUCUGUAAACAACGAGAGUUAGAUACUGCAAAUGAGCUUCUUCAUGAGAUUUGCAAAAAGGGCCUUCAACCAAAUAUCUGCACUUACAAUGCAAUUGUUGAUGGUCUUUGCAAAGCAGGAAAUAUUGUGCAUGCUAUAAAGCUAGUGGAAGAUAUGAAAGUUGCCGGGUUGCAUCCUGACACUAUUACUUAUACUACUCUAAUGGAUGCUUAUUGUAAGACUGGGGAUUUGGUUAAGUCCCAUGAGCUCCUUCAAGAGAUGCUGGAUAAAGGGCUUCAACCUACUGUUGUUACAUUUAAUGUGCUGAUGAAUGGUUUCUGUAUAUCUGGAAUGCUUGAAGAUGGUGAGAGGCUACUAAAAUGGAUGUUGGAGAAGGGUAUAAGGCCAAAUGCAACCACCUACAAUACUCUGAUGAGGCAAUACUGCAUUAAGAAUAAUAUGCAUGUCACAACUGCAUUUUACAAAGAUAUGUGUGCUCAAGGAAUCAGUCCAGAUGGCAACAGCUACAACAUUUUAAUUAGAGGACAUUGUAAAGCAAGAAAUAUGAAAGAGGCAUGGUUUUUGCACAGAGAAAUGGUAGCCAAGGGAUUCAAUCUUUCAAUUACAUCUUACAGUGCUUUAAUCAAGGGCUUUCUUAAGAGGAAGAAAUUUUUGGAGGCUAGGGAGCUAUUUGAAGAAAUGCGAAGAAGAGGGUUGGUGGCUGAUAGAGAAAUUUACAACUAUUUUGUUGACAUAAAUUUUGAAGAGGGGCACAUGGAAACCACUCUUGAGCUUUGUGAUGAAGCAAUUGAAUGCUUUCUUGUGAAUAUGCCAAGUAAGGAAAACAAAUAGAUGGAUAUUCUUUUUCUGCUAUGUGAACUAUUGUGGAGUUUAUGUCAAUCUUGGUUCACAAAGGUUUGUACGGUCCCAUGAAUAUCAGUUCUUGGAAUCAAGGUGACCAACAGGCAUGUGACCCAGCUGUCUGCAUUUAGCAUGGCUUGCAGGAUAAGUGAUGCUGAUAUACAAACCAGGAUUGGAAAACCGUUUGUCAGCAUUGUUCUGAGCCAACAACUUGAAUUGAUGCAGAAACUUCAGUGGUAAGUGUCUAAUUUUUCCAGCGAAUUUCAAAGAGCUUGGUGCCCAAGUAGGCGAAGCACAGUCAAUGGCAUAUGGCCCGAAGAAUUUAUAGCAGGACGAAAACAAAAUAUAAUAUCAGGGUCUUACCAAAGUAAAAUUGACAUACAGCAAUGCCAGAACAAAUUUAUACGGAGCUGGUUGAUUGGCUCCAGAUGUAGUGGGAGGAUGACUGACAGUUGAAACCAUUUUAAAUGAAUAAUUACUGAUUUAUAACUCCAUUGAAUCAAAUUUGAGAGUAGUUCAAUAUAUUGUUUGUAGUAGGGGUUUACUUGAUCUCCACCUGAGGAUAUAAGUUCCCCAUUUUAUUCAUGUAUGAUAUAUUGCUUGGUCUGUAACUUGAAAAAUAUUGUUGAACAUGGAGCUGGAGAUGGUAAUUUUAUUGUAGAAAAUGUUUGAAUUU